AUGUCUGCUACAAUCCCAGAUUCGAUGCAAGCACUGGUGGGAAACCGACUAGCCACCGCACGACUGGCUAACUACGCCUUGGGGAAGCCCUGCGGAGACGGAGUGAAAGUCCAAACAGUUCCCACUCCAAACAUAUCAGACACGGAAAUCCUCGUUCGCGUCAAGGCGGUCGCGCUGAAUCCCACAGACUUCAAACAUGUUGAUUUCCUCGCUCCGAAAGGCGCCAUCAUCGGCUGCGACUUCGCCGGGACGGUGGCCAAGGUGGGAUCCAAAGCACCCGGCAACUGGAAGGUCGGGGACCGAGCAGCAGGUUGGGUGCACGGUGGCUUAUACUAUGACCGUGGUUCGUUUGCCGAGUUUCUCAAGGUCCCAGGGGACCUGGCUUGGAAGGUUCCGUCCUCCGUGAGCGACGAGGCAGCAAGUACCUAUGGGGUAUCUGCUGUCACCGCGAUGCUGGCUCUCAAUGCUCGCCUGGACGUUCCUUGGGCUGAUGGUGGCCCAGAAGGAGGACAACGUGACUCGCCUGUGUUUAUUUAUGCGGGUGCAACGAGCGCCGGUCUCUACGCCAUUCAAGUGGCUAAACUAGCCGGCUUGAAGGUCGUAACCACGGCCUCUCCACGGUCGCAUGACUUGGUUAAGCAAUACGGGGCGGACGACGUGUUUGACUACCGAUCGCCCACCGCAGCAGACGAGAUUAUCCGGGCAUACCCACAGAUAAACCGAGCCUUGGACUGUUUUUCCGAAGGCGGGUCAACGGACUUUUGCAUUAAGGUUGUGCAGAAAGCGAAGGGCAAGGUAGUCACUUUGCUAGACAGAGGGAAGACAACAGACGAUGGGGUGGAAGUGGACUUUCUCCUUGGUUAUGGAGCCUUUAAUCUUCCAUACCAGUGGAUGCCUCCUGUCGGACCUCGAUUUUCGGCCAACCCAUCCGACAACGCAGCUCUCCGUCGGUUUUAUGCAUCAUUGCACGACAUCUGUGAUCAACUGCGACCACCUCCUCUUAAGAGCAUAGAGGGCGGUCUGCAUAAUCUCCCUAAAGGUCUGGAUCUCCUUCGCAAGGGACAGGUUGCUGGUACCAAACUGGUCGCUCGUCUUGAAUAA